CGUUAUAUUUAGUUGUGGCAUCUGCUCCUCUCCUUCCUGACACAUGAUGCAAGUGUUUAUUUUCAUCCUUGAACUGACCCGGAAGUCAUGUAGCCACGCUCCAACGCUGGGAACAUAUGGAGCUGGCAGUUAGCAUGUCGAAGCCUUUCCACCGGAGCCCAGAUGAGCGCUUAAGCGUGCUUCUCUUCUUUGCUUUGUUCUCUGUGGCACUGGGCCUUCUGUCCACUUUGUUUUCCUGCACGACUGACUACUGGCUGCUGGGUUCGGCUAAGCUCUGCCAUCCAGGAAGUGGCUCAAGAGAGACAGAGGAGGCAGACAGCAUGCUCUUCCACGAGGGGCUUUUCUGGCGAUGCUCCUUCCCAGCAACAUCUCCGAAAUACUCUCUUUGGGAUCUUUGGAUCUUAAAAGCGCCACACAUAAAAGUGUGCCAGGCAGCGUUCCUCUUCCCAUUUCCAGCGAAUAACCCGUUUUGGGUGCAAUCACCGGACUCCCCUGCUGCUGAACCUUACGAGCACCACAGCGCCAUUGUUUUCAGAACGUUUUGGAGCAUCUUCCUCAUCACGGGUGUGGCCACUGUGACCACCGGUGGGCUCGCUGUCAUCUGUACUGCCGCUCUCUCCAAGCACAAAUUCUACAAAGUGGGUGGAGUUCUUUUGAUUUGUGGGGGUUUGUGUCUGCUCGCCGUGGUGCUCAUGUAUGUGAUGUGGGUCCACGUGUUGGACACACUAGAGGAGUUUGCCCGAGGUCAGCAAGUGAGCGGCUGCAAAUCCUUCCACCUGAGCAUCCAGCACGGACCGUCGUUCCAGCUGGCUCCCGUGGCUUCCUUCUUCAGCCUGCUGUCUGGCCUUCUCUUCCUCUUGAUUGCACAAGGCGUUCGUUCUUUGGAACCGCAUCGCACACACAAAACCCCACAUCCUCCAGAGCUCCAAACUGACCUGUGACUCUUAAUAUCUCUUUUUGCUGCCUGUCAUCAUAUGAAUCAAAAAGACACAUAUAAAAAGGCACAAUAGAG